CUAUCGCAUGUGUUAUUUUUUUCAGACUUGAAUGAGUUUGUGGAUAAAGAAUUAUUUAAUAUAUACAAAUCUCUGCAGGAGUAUCUUCAAAGUAUUGAAAAUUCUUACGAGAAUUUGCAGAAAGAUUACAGAUUAAAGAAAUUCAGAUUUGAAUACCAGAAAGCUGUGAACAUCCCAGUAAACGCUGUUUCUCACAUAAGUGCAAAACAUCUUCAGGAUAAGCUGCUGAAACUCUCAAGACUUAUUUCUGGUCAGCCUGUGGAAGUUGUGCACAGCCAGAUUAUAGCUUCUUCACAUCCAGAAGGCAUCAUAUUCUGUAAAAAUCUGCUGGCAAAGAAGUUUGUAAUGCAGGGUAAAUACACCGUGUCCAGUAAACCUGAAGCAGCAUUUGCAAUAGCUGCAGUCAUUGAGGCUCUAUGGGCAGAUUUUCCAGACUUUGGAGAACUUAUUUUAGGGCACUUUUAUAGAGAAUGUCCUUACCUUGUUCCCAUAUUCAUGCCACAGGUGGAAGGUCAGUCCAAUGAGGACUAUUACAGGUUACUAGGUUAUCAUUACAAUGAAAAUGGUGAGUUGGAGGAACAAGACAAAUUUCUAAAGCGUAUGUCUGGAAUAAUGCGAUUGUAUACUGCAGUGCUAGUAACGCGACCAUGUAGAUACCAGCAGAACAAGAGUCAUCCCCAUGGACUUAAACAUGCUUGGCACUGGAUCGCACAUAUGCUCAACAUGGAUCCAAGACCUGACAUCUCUGCAACUUUGCUGUAUGAUUUUCUGGAAGUAGCAGGCAAUGCCAUGUACUAUUAUUAUGGACGGCAGUUUCAGAAACUUCUGGAUCUUAUUUGCAAAGAAUAUUUCCCAAGAAUUGAAAAGGUGACUCCAUCAGUUUCAAGUGGACCCGUGUGUCGACUUCAAGCCCUUUUGCAGAAGAUUUUAAAGCAAGGACAUAUUCCUCCUCCGGCUGGUUUAUUGCCAUCUAAUUUCUGGUGAUGUGUCACAUCAAGCAAUAUUUAUUUUUGUUAGUACUGACAUUGUGACAUAUUGACCAGUACAGAGUUAAUUUCUUGUACAGUGGUAAUAUGAUUUUUAAACAGACAUGUAACCCGGAUGAUAUAUUGAACACCUGUGGAUGUGCUUGAGAAUCUUGUGUUUAAGAAAUUAUGAA